AUGAUCCAUUCAAACAGCAAUACUGACAUAGCUUGCUCAAGUAAAAACGAUGAAAAAACAGUAGAAAGAAUCAUCCCGUUACCGAGCGUUUUGAUAGAUUUCAUCGCAAUGACACUUUGUGAUCUGAUGCCUUCAAAGAAAAUAUCUGUCCGUAGACGACAAUCAUUACCCGUCAACAUCUCUCAGCAGCCAAUUCUACCAGAACUGGUGUUUUUCAUUCAAAAGAUCACAUUUCAGGGUGGCAUUGAUUGCCGCACAGCUUUAGUUGCAUUAAUUUACUUGGAGAGAGCCAAACUUAAUUUACCCAAAGGUGCAGUAGGAGGUUAUGAUACUUGCCACCGCAUGUUUUUAGCCUCUGUAUUGAUCGCAUCCAAAUUCCUGAGAGACAACCAUUGUCAUAGACACAUGACAUCAAUUCCUUCUACUUGGUCGCACUACUAUUCCUACUAUUAUUGUUCCAACAAUACAACUGCCACCACGACACUGUCCAAUCUCACCAAUCGCCAUCUAGCUAAUCUCUGUGGUGGGUUCUUUCCUUUGCAUGAAAUCAAUCAAUUGGAGCGUGCCUUCCUCAAAUUACUCAACUAUCAAUGCUGGGUGACCGACCAAAAUAUCCAGCAGUUUGUGCUGGAUCAUCGAGUUGAUUUCUCAUUGUAA